AAGUGUUAGCCACACGCAGCUAACUUUGUCUGAUAUUUGACUUCUUUAUUCCUUUAAUUUUUCCCGAUUUACCUCAGUUUUUCGUCCUAUUUGAGAUAAAUGGAAUUAUAAGUUUUUUUUUAAAGGAAUACAGCCGCCAUGAACGGGAGCACCAACCCGCUGCUGGACAAAGAGGAGCAUGUUUUGAAGCUCGGAGAAAGCUUCGAGAAGAGGCCCAAAUCUUCUUUUCACACCAUCAGAUACGACUUCAAACCGGCGUCCAUCGACACGAGCUGCGAGGGAGAGCUGCAGGUCGGCAAAGGAGAUGAAGUCACCAUCACGCUGCCUCACAUUCCAGGCUCCACGCCGCCGAUGACGGUGUUCAAAGGGAACAAGCGGCCAUACCAGAAGGACUGCGUGCUGAUCAUCAACCACGACACGGGGGAGUUCGUCCUGGAGAAGCUGAGCAGCAGCAUCCAGGUGAAGAAGACCAGGGCGGAGGGCAGCAGUAAGAUCCAGGCUCGCAUCGAGCAGCAGUCGGUCCGGUCCGGCCAGACCAGCUCGCAGUUCCGGGCCCCGACCAAACCCGGAGCCGGCAUCAAGACGUCCCCGUCCCCGUCCCCGUCCAAAGACAACCCCUCCCCCGAGCCCCAGCUGGACGACAUCAAGAGAGAGCUGCGUGCGGAGGUGGAGAUCAUCGAGCAGAUGAGCAGCAGCGGCAGCAGCAGCUCGUCGGACUCGGCCAGCGCCUCGGGCAGCGGCGACGACAGCAGCAGCAGCAGCGACGGCGAGCACGACGCCCCCCGGCCGCCGGGCCAGGCCUCGCCGGGCCGCCUGCCCGCGGCCAACGGGGCGGCCGAGCGGCCGCAGGGCAACAACCAGCUGAUGAACACGCUGCGAAACGACCUGCAGCUCAGUGAGUCGGGCAGCGACAGCGACGACGACUGAAGAGUCUGAGUGUUCCGGCCGGUGUGUUUCUGCUCCUGCUGCUCCUCUUCCUCCUCUCCUCCUCCUCCUCCUCCUCCUCCUCCUCCUCCUAGUUUGACUCUCUUCAUUUCAUCCUAGUGUUUCCGGCUGGCCUUGAACUUUUAAGAGUGUAUUUUUUAUUAGAUGUAUAUUUUGUUUUGUAAAGCCAAAAAUGUAGAAAAAAAGGAAGAUUUUACUUGAGAUGUUUGGAGGAAUCUAUUUUGGAGUGCACAUACGUAUUUUCUGUACUUGAAGCAGCUAGUUUUAUCAUCAGUUCUCUUCUUGAGUUUUGUAUUUAUAGAAAGAUGAGCAGGUUUUUCACUGAGUCUCUCGUCGGUGGAAGAUUAGGAAAUCAUUUCACUGCAUCAGUUUGCUCCGCUCAGAAAUAUCCUGUCAGUGAGAAAGAAAAAGUCUGGAUCUUUUAAAACAAUCAUCUGCACCUCAGUGCAGAUUAAAGCUCGAAGUAUUUAAACCGCGAAAACUCAAAAUCUUACUACGUAAUUAUAUCUGCUAAUUAUAUCAACAUUGAAGAAAGAAGAUUUGAGUGGCGUUUACCGACUCGUUUUAGAGCCAAAUUUAAAGUCGGCCGGACAUCAAAAGUGAUCAUCUAAUCACUAAAUAACAAACCUGGAAAUUAAAAAAAAAAAAAUAAAUAAAAAAUUGAUUUCAUUUUCUGAGUUCAAGUUCAAGAUUUUGCUGUUUUAAAUGGAGCUCCUCCAGUUAAAAACCAGAUUUCUGCAUUCUGUGCUCGAGUGAAGAGUUGCUGUUUCUUUAGAUUUAGAUUUGAUGGUUUAACAGAGUUAUAACACUCGUCUGUUUUAAAGUUAACAGAAUAAAAAAGUUUUUUUUCUGACUUCCCGUGAGGAAGUCUAGUUGGUUUCACUUGGAAUUUGCUCGAGUUUGCUUGUUUAAAGCUCCUGUUGGUGUUUCUUCCCGCCACAAGGGGGCAGUACAGAGUGAAAAAUGACAAACAGAGACGCACUGCUGUCAAAUAAAUGCAAGUUUUUCCUUCUGAAGAGCCAAAACAGCUCUGUUGAGUUAAUUUGACUCGCAGCCAAAAUCUGAGAUACUUCAGUUCAUGAAUGUUCCACAGCUGAUCAUUCGCUCCCACUCUGGGCCUCCAGUUGUCACGGUUUACAGAUUAUGGAGCCGUGCUGCUGAUGUUGACGGUCCUGCAGCAGAGGGCAAAGUUUUAGACGAGGCUAUUAAACUAAAUUGGGUCAAAAUGUUCAGUAGAGCCACAGAGUCGAGUGUCUCUAGUGUUUUUUUAACCAAAUAAAACCUAAAAGUACCUUCAGGAGGAGGAAACACCUGCAGCCACAGGUUGGACUGAAUCACAUUCUCAGCUGAGUCUGUGAUCUGAUGAACUAAUUGUCAAAGUAAAGCAAACUUUAUCAUGGGAUGUGAUCAGAAACUGGAUCGAUACACUUCCAGUUCUCAAAAAUCCAGUCAUGAAUUUGCGCCGACAUGCCAGCUGAUCUGAUCUGAUGGAUGUAGUUCUCGGAGGUCUGCUCUGGUGAAAAUCAGUCGAGGAGGAUGUGCUGAAGCAGCGUUUUCAAAAAGCAGUGUUUUCAGAUCAGACUAUUAUAAUCAUCUUUCACUCUCACUGAUCACACGAACGAGUUUGAUGAUCAGUCAAACAACUCAGGAGGAGUUCAGAUUUGAGUCAACGAACUUCAGGAUUCAUGAUCAUUAAAAAAACGGCAGAAUGUGCAGGAUUGUGUAGAGAAAAGCAGGAAGUUUCCUCCAUCAGGGUUUAUUUUCCGAUCAUUUGCCUUCAGAGCGCCGCCGUUAUUUUUCCAGACAGAGAACAUGAGUUUUAUUUUUCACCCUGGAGCCGCUCCGGGCCCUUCAGGGUGCCGAUGAAGGAGAAUGUGUUGUUUUCUGAAAAUGCCAAAGAGCUGAACGAAGUGCAGGAAUCAGUGUGACCACUGUCGGUGUGUGUGUGUGUCUGUGUUCUAUUUUCAAAGUGUGUGUGUGUGUGUGUGUGUGUGUGUGUGUGUGUGUAUCAGUUCAUUGAACACUACAGCUGCAUCUCCAAACAGUAAAAGUUCAAUACAAACUGAAACGCUUCAUUGAAUCUCAAAAUGACUUCAUUUCGAAAUUAAGGUCAGAAGUUUCUUUCCUGGUUUGAGGCGUUUUUACUUUGAUGCUGUGGAUUUAAAAACACAAACACACAAAAAAAAAAAACAGUUUGCAUUGUGAUUCUGC